CCAAAAAAAAAAAAAGUUCCUAAACCCAAUCACACCCGCCCUCUCUCUGCGCCUAACGGCCUUCCAAUCUGCUAGGGUUUUCACAUUUGGUUGCAGCGGGAAUGGCCUCCUGCACGCUCUCAGCGCUCCCAAUAAUCUCAAACCCUACCAAUUCUUCUUCUUCCACUCUUCCAUGGCGUCUCAACCCGCAUAAUUUAGCUACCUCUCUGUUUGGAAGGAAACUCUCGAUUCGGCCCUCGAGUUCGAGACGUUUCGUUUCGAAGCAUCGACCAACCAUCGCCACGGUGCUCUCUAGUCUCCCAACUCUGAAACCAGAGAGGGCUUCUUCUGAGAAAACCCCGAAAUGGUCGGCGAGGGCAAUAAAGUCGUUUGCUAUGGCUGAAUUGGAGGCAAGGAAGCUCAAGUAUCCGAAUACUGGGACCGAAGCGCUUCUAAUGGGGAUUUUGGUUGAGGGAACAAGUAUAGCUGCAAAGUUUUUGAGGGCCAAUGGAAUUACACUUUUUAAGACGCGAGACGAAACUGUAAAGUUACUUGGAAAAUCUGAUAUGUAUUAUUUCAGCCCCGAGCAUCCUCCAUUAACUGAACCAGCUCAGAGGGCCCUCGAUUGGGCUGUUGAUGAGAAGUUGAAGUCAGGUGAAAAUGGGGAAAUAACAACAACUUAUCUGCUUCUUGGAAUUUGGUCGCAAAAAGAUUCAGCAGGUUACAAGAUUAUGGCCUCUCUUGGUUUUGAUGAUCAGAAAGCCAAAGCGCUUGCAAAAUCCAUGAAUGAGGAUAUUGUUUUGAGCCAUAAAAUCUUGGGCAGGCUCCUUUCUCAUUGAUAGAUUUCAUCCAUAGCUUUUGAUUUUCCCUUUAUCCCUGCCUUGAUGGCUUGGUCUUGAUCUAUCUUCACAUAACUGUUCUAUCGAAAUGUAUCUUUUGGACAGAUUUAUCUUCUGAAAGCUAAAAGCAUUCUUAGAACCUUUGAAAUGAACUUAACAUACGGAA